ACUUAGCAAUUAAUUAAUAAAACCAAAAUGGAGCGUUUCGCCUUUAAGAUCGAUGCAGCGCUACGAGCAAAUCUACAUAAAAUUUGCCGUCUAUGUGGAAUAGACAAUCCGUCUAAGGUGCCCAUACUGCUGCCGAAUGAGGACAUAGUUAUAGAUUUAGAUGAGCCCAGCUUAAGUCAAAAGAUAUAUGAUCUGGUAGGGGUUCUGGUACGGAAAUACGAUAAAAUGCCACAAACCAUUUGCAGUAUAUGCGUAGAUAAAAUUAAUGAUUUUUACGAGUUCCGUGAGAUGUGCUAUGCAACGAAUACACAAACGCGCGAAUUGUUGGGUCUAAAGCCAUUGGAGCCACAAAAGCUUAUCGAUUUGAAGCCGAUUGUUAAUGCGAAGGGUGUGCCGGUGCCCGUAGUCUCGACCAAUAAGCGGGGACGCAAACGCAAAUCAGAUGAAACUGCUGGGAGCAGCUCUAAAAUCAGUCCAGAAAUACAAGUGGAUGUUAUUAAAAAGGAACGUGAAUCAAUUGCAACCACACGCAAAAAGCUUCGCCUUCAACCAGCCAAGACAGAGAUCAAAGAGGAGCAGCCGGAAAAUGUUGCACCGACCUGCGCUGUCGAAACUGCCAAAACGUUUGCUAAAAAGACUCGUAAAUCUGCCUGUACGGUCUGCGGCGAAAAAUUUGAGACCAAGGAGCUAGCGGAGAAGCACAGAGGAGUGGAACAUGUGCCCACCAUAACACGAUACUAUUGCAACGCCUGCGAUCAAACUCACAACAAUAACAGCGACAUCAAGGCCCAUCUACUAUGGCACAAGCUGUCCAAAUCACCAUUUAAGUGUCCGCUCUGCGAUGUUGAGUUGUCCAACAACUACGCUUUUAGUCGGCACAUGCGAGAUCACACGGUGGUGACGCCCCUCCAGCUUCAAGUCUUUGACCGCGAGUGUCCGCUCUGCAAGAAAACAUUUGUAACUAAUUACUUCUAUAAUACCCAUCCUUGUGCAAUACGGGCGCGCAAGUGCGGCGGCUGCAAUCGCACAUUGGGUAGUGAGAUCACUUAUAUGAGGCAUGCGGCGACCUGUCCUAAGAUUUACCUAACUCAUUCGAAGCACAUUCUGCCCGAGGCUGCCAAUAUUGAAGACCAGAUGCGCAUUAAGAACGAGGUUGGCGUCGAUGACACCACUGAUGCACUGACAAUGCAACCAAAGGUACGAAUGAAGCGACUCUCAUCAUCCAAAGGCAGAAGCAGUGCCGACGAGGCGCCGGAUAUGGCUAGCACUUAUGACGGUGAUGAUGUGGACAUGCAACCGAUCGUAUUAAUGGAGCGUUUGGCAUCGCCUCUGGUUCGCGAGGCGGCCGGGCCAAACAAACUUGGCGCCCCAAAAUCUAAGAGCAGUGAGCGCGUUUCCUCCAAAAAAUACCUUAAGAGGGUGGAUCAGCUGUUAAGAAGCACCAUUAACACACUAACUAGUAUUAAGCAUGAGCCAGAAGUGCACAUACAUGACACUGGGCCGCCUGUUGAACAGACGGACAGCGAUGUAGAUGACGAGCCAGCAGAUACUUGCGAUGAUUUCCAUGCUGCUGAUGACGAUAGCGAUGCGGAGGAGCUGAACAAUGCAACUGCUGAUAUUGCAGCAGCGCAAAAGGAAGAGGUGCCGAACAUAGCUGUGAAGCAGGAGCCCAUCGACGAGGCGCUUGGGAGGCAGCCCUUGGAGGAAGUGGCAAGUGAUGGGGUGUAUAUAAAGCAAGAACCAAAACCGUUUGCACUAAAAUUGAAAAUUACCAAGAAUCAUGGGCAGCUAAAUUCAUCGCUAGUGGAUGAAAAUGAAGAAACGCAAACGAAAAGUUCAAAAAAGAAAAAGAAAAGAAAACACAAAGAGCGGAACAAGGAAACGGAGAUGCCCGCGCCCGUCGACAGUGCCCAAAUGGAGGCUGAGGAAACUGCAAGCAGCAAUUUCAGUGUUAACAUCAAACAAGAACGUCUGGACGAUGGAUAUCAAGAUACAACUAGUCAGUCUAGAGACGCAGAAUCGGCAGCCGGAAGCACUGUGAUGACGAGCAUACCUAUGACUCAAUUUGAAGACGGUAGCUACGAAUACCCCAGGCAGGAAGCAGAAGAAUUCACUCAGCCAGCGCCUGGAGUGGAGACUGAGCCAGAGGAUGUAAAACCUAAUCGCUUGGAGCUCGAUCGUAUGUUAAAAAUAGCGCAUGUGGCCAGUGGUGUGGAUAUGGGCGAGGAAGAUAUGCAAUUAGAAAAUUCCAUCGCAGCAUCAUCCAAUGAAAGCAACGUCAACAAAACAACGAGUCAAGAAGCUACACCCAAACCGAAGUCUUCAAAACUUACGGCCCGGAAAAGCGUAGGCGGUAUUCCACGUAAAAAAGCAUUGGAUCGCAAGCCAACUUCUGACGAUAAGGAUGCUCGACCGUCAGUAAGUGAAGCUACUUGUAUGUUAGCUAGUGCGGCUGCUGUGAAACCGGCUAGUGAAGCGGCUGCUGUGUUGCUUCCGACGCUGCCUCAAAUAGUCGCUAUCGAAUCCGGCGCAGUCGCUUCAUUUGAAGGCAUUGCUGGCGUGACCAUCAAACCGGAGCCUUGUAAUCGCGGCUAUGCUGAUGAAAUGCAGCAGGAAGAAGAGCAGUGUUUGCAUGAAAAUGAGAAUGCUCACAAUAAUGAAAUGCAGCAGGAAGAUGAUGAGCGUGUUGAUGAAAUAAAUCACAAUGAUAAAAUUGACGAGGAAGCAGCAUAUAUAAGUAGUCUAGACUUCAACAAUGUGCGUGUAAAACAGGAGAAAGAUUUGGAUCUGUCCGAUGAACAGUUCGAUUCUAAUGAACUUGCCACUGACCGUUAUAAUGGACUGCCGGGCAGUGAAUCACAUAGCGAAGACGAUGACGAGGAUAGUUUGUCGUCAGGGGAUGAAGCUGAAAAAAUGGCAGAUGCUGAAGAAUUGGAGCGUGCAACACGUAUUUAUCGCGAAAUUGAGCUGAUGCCGCUGGAAGAAAACAAUGACAUUAUUGAGCCAUUAGUAGCAGCACUAGACGCAGCAGGAAACGAAGUGGAAGAGCCACCAACUGCUAUGUCGAAAGAAAACAAAGUUAUAAAAGAGCAACCAGCAACAUCACCACUAGAAGCAAACACUGAAAACCAAGAUAUCCCAGUAUUAGUAGACAAUAAUGACGCACAACAACAAAGAGUGCAGGAAACAAACUAUAUAGAAGAGGAAACAACACCAGCAACGGAAAAUAAUAGUGAACAACCACCACAUCCAGAGCUCCAGGCAUCAAACUAUAUGGUAGAUGAAAAAGCGCCAGCACUAGAAAAAAAUAAUGACCCAACUCAAGAGAUAGGGGAGACAAGUGCAAUAGAAAAAGAAAAAACGCCAGCAGUGGUAGAAAAUACUCAUGUAGAAGAAAUACUAGUUCCAAAACUUCAGGAGAAUACGGAAAUGAAAACAGAGGCAAUGCCAGCAGUGGAAGAAAACAAUGCCAUACAAGAGCUACCAGAACCAGCAUUUGGUUUUGUCAUAACCAGCGUAUGCAGUGGCGUAGAUGCACCAGAGAUUGCAGCAAAUAGUAGCUACACUCCCACAGAUGAGGAAGCUGCUAUUAGCCACGAAGAUACCAUCAGCGCACCCAAAGACUGUGAAGCAGAGGCGCAGCCUAUAAGCGACAAUACUGCCGUCUUUCCAAACUGUCCACCUAUUGAUGAGGAGCAACAAAAUGUGCUCAAUCAAUUGUCAGCUGAUCAAUUGCCACAGUUGUCCAUGGAAAUGGAGCCACCAUUAAUACCAGCGCCACAAGAGCCGGAAUCAUCCACCCCUACAUCUAUAUCCGGGGAGUCGCAAUGUUCCACGAGCAAUAUUAGCAAUAUUAACGCCUGCGACGAAGCUCUUGCAUCUUUAAAUGGCGUCGUGCAAAACGAAGAGACUGAAAAUCGAAUCAACGAGCAACAUCAGCAAGAGCAACUGCAGCAGCAACGUUGCCAGGACGAUGAUUUCAACAUUAACGAAAUAGCGGAGAACAACAACAAUGCAAACAUAGAACGGGAACUGCAAGACGAUGCGAAUGGUGCUCAGGAAAAUCUCAACACAUAGAUUAAAAAAAAGCUUGUUAUUACUGCGACGCGAUUCUUAUAAUAUAGGCCCACUUCCCAUU